AUGGCAUAUAAAGAAUCAGUAACCCCCAAAUCAUUGCUUACACCAGAAAAUUGUCACUCGUCAUCUCGUAUACGGGCUUUUCUUCGUCUCUCUAGAAUAGCUACAGAUGAUACUAUCAGACAACAUUUGAACGAGGUUAAAUCUAGUAAAGAAUGUGACAAUUACUUCGAAUCAAAAAUAGUACCUCAGUGGGAGGCCAGAGCAUCGAUAAUUCAGUACUGUAACGAUUAUGCCAUCCAUUUGAGACAAGAAACAACCAAAGGCAAUACGGUGAUGCAGAGCAGCAAGCAAGAUCUCGAAUCAUUUGACCUCCGGGUUGAUCCUUAUGCAGUGAAGAAAUACAAUCAGCAAUUGGAAGGGCAAUACUCGCAGUGUAAUUCAAUUGACAACUGGGUGAAGAAUGAGAGGGUGGUAGAAGAUAUUAUACGGGAACAGACGGUUGAUGUGCUCAAUGAUAAAUGUUAUUACCAAGACUGGAUAGAGGAAUUUAAGAAAUUAAAAAAUUUAGCUUGA